UGAUGUAAUUAUUUUAUUCCUGUUUGGACUCCAGGAAGUGUAGCUGCUGCCUUGGCAGGAGCUAAUGGGGAUCCUAAUAAAUACAAAAUGCAUCCCCUAAUUUCUGUGUCUUUUGUAUUUAACGUAAGGCUGUGUACAAUUCUACCGUCCCCCCGUUGUGUACCUUAACUCCCUAUCCUCUACGUGGUUUGAGCGAGCCUCCAUGCUGGUGAUCUUGUUGAACUGCGUCACCCUGGGCAUGUUCCAACCCUGUGAGGACCACGACUGUGAGUCGGAACGAUGCAAGAUCCUGGAGGACUUUGAUGACUUUAUCUUUGCGUUCUUUGCGGUGGAGAUGGUCAUCAAGAUGGUGGCGCUGGGCAUCUUUGGCAAGAAGUGUUAUCUAGGAGACACCUGGAACAGGCUCGACUUCUUUAUCGUACUGGCCGGAAUGCUGGAGUACUCUCUGAACCUGCAGAAUGUGAGUUUCUCAGCGGUGAGAACGGUUCGAGUUCUGAGACCCCUCCGAGCCAUCAACAGAGUACCUAGUAUGCGUAUCCUGGUGACCCUGCUACUGGACACCCUGCCCAUGCUGGGGAAUGUCCUGCUGCUCUGUUUCUUUGUCUUCUUCAUCUUCGGCAUCGUGGGCGUGCAGCUGUGGGCAGGGCUACUGAGGAACCGCUGCUUCCUGCCUGAGAACUUCUCACUUCCUCUGUCCGUCGAGUUAGGGAACUAUUACCACACGGAGAACGAUGACGAGAACCCCUUCAUCUGCUCCAUGCCCAGGGAGAAUGGCAUGCGUCUGUGUUCCUCUGUGCCCAUCCUGUAUGAGGAGGGAGGUCUCCAGUGCCAGAUGGACAUGAACUCCUACAACAGCACAGACAACACCACCUGUAUCAACUGGAACCAGUACUAUAGUAACUGCUCGGCGGGACACGUCAACCCCUUCAAAGGGGCCAUCAACUUUGAUAACAUCUGCUAUGCCUGGAUUGCCAUCUUUCAGGUGAUCACGCUGGAGGGCUGGGUGGACAUCAUGUACUUUGUGAUGGAUUCUCACUCCUUCUACAACUUCAUCUACUUCAUCCUCCUCAUCAUCAUUGGCUCUUUCUUCAUGAUCAACCUGUGUCUGGUCGUCAUCGCCACCCAGUUCAGUGAGACCAAGCAGAGGGAGAGCCAGCUGAUGAAGGAACAGCGCAUCCGUUUCCUGUCCAACGCUAGUACCCUGGCCUCCUUCUCCGAGCCGGGCUCCUGCUACGACGAGCUGCUCAAACUCCUGGUCCACGUCAUCCGCAAGGGGUGCAGGCAGGUGGCCCAUGUCUGCCGGGCCGUGAUGCGCCGUGCUGGGAUGAACAUCGCAGCCUCUCCCCCUGCCCUGGAGCGAGAGAGGGGGAGCCACAGAAGGAGGAGGAAGGCUUCCAGACAGGGUUCUGUGGUCUCUAGAAAAGGUUCUAUGUCCGUUCAUCACUUGGUUCACCAACAUCACCAUCAUCAUCAUCACUAUCACCUAGUGAAUGGGAGUGUGAGGGGGGGACUAGGGGGUAGGGGGGUGGAGGGGGUCGGGGGAGGAGUGGCGGACGUGGAGACGGGUUCACAUAGCAACAACGGUGGCGCUGGACGGCUCAUGUUGGGUCCUCCUCCAUCGACUUCUGACCUGAACUUGGCGACCCCGGCGUCACCAGCCAAUCCCGCGCUGGGCAUCAUGUGCCACACAGACUGCCACCUGGAGCCCACCACCCCCACUACCCUCGCUCCUACCCCUAGCCCCUUCUCCCUGGCACCCAUCCCCAUGUCCAGGGCUAUGAAGAGGAACUCUGUGCCCUUUGCUGCCCCCGGACCUAAGAACUACCCCACGCUACAGCCCAGGGCACUAAUGGAGUCUAGAAGUGGCAGUGUUACAGCUAGUACCAUCAGUAAUAUAAACCUCAACCUCAAUAUACCACCACUAACCUUGGAGAGGGGACCACAGAGUCUGGUGGACACACACACACCCAUGCCAGCCCAGCUAUCCAGCCGUGACCUGAGUGUCAUCGGAACCCUGGACCCCUCGUUCCCCUUUGACCCUGAGUCAUGCCCAUACUGUGCCAAGGCCCUGGCAGGGGAGUCAGAGGGCACGGACGGAAACGAGAACCCCGGGGACUCAGACAGCGAGGGCAUCUACGAGUUCACCCAAGACCUCCACCACAGGGACCGCAAGGACCGUCGGGACAGCCGUCAGCCCAGGAAGGGGCAGCGAAAGCUGGGUACCACGGCAGGGCGAGUGGUCCGGGCCUGGAGGCUGGUGUGUGACACCUUUAGGAAGAUAGUCGACAGCAAGUACUUCGGAAGAGGGAUCAUGAUCGCCAUUCUGAUUAAUACACUGAGUAUGGGGAUCGAAUACCACGAACAGCCCGAUGAGCUGACCAAUGCGUUGGAGAUCAGUAACAUCGUGUUCACCAGUCUGUUUGCCUUGGAGAUGUUACUCAAGGUGUUGGUCUAUGGGCCAUUCGGAUACAUCAAAAAUCCCUACAACAUUUUUGACGGAAUCAUAGUGGUGAUCAGUGUAUGGGAGAUCGUGGGUCAGCAGGGCGGUGGUCUGUCUGUGUUGCGUACCUUCAGGCUGAUGCGUGUGUUGAAGCUGGUGCGCUUCAUGCCCGCUCUACAGAGACAGCUGGUGGUGCUGAUGAAGACGAUGGACAACGUGGCCACCUUCUGUAUGCUACUCAUGCUCUUCAUUUUCAUCUUCAGUAUCCUGGGCAUGCAUCUGUUUGGCUGUAAGUUUGGAUCAGAGAGAGAUGGAGACACUCUACCAGACAGGAAGAACUUUGAUUCUCUGCUCUGGGCCAUCGUCACUGUGUUUCAGAUCCUAACUCAAGAGGACUGGAACAAGGUGCUGUAUAAUGGCAUGGCUUCCACCACUCCUGUGGCUGCUCUCUACUUCAUCGCCCUCAUGACCUUUGGGAACUAUGUCCUCUUCAACCUGCUGGUGGCCAUCUUGGUCGAAGGCUUCCAGACUGAGGGAGAAGACUCCAAGUCAGUGUCGGAGGCAGAUUUAUCCUCGAGGAGUAUGGAGGAUGAGAACGGCAGCAGAAAGGAUGUGUCUGGCUCCCCGGUCCCAAUAAACGGUCAUGUUGACCUGAAGACCAGUCUGACCCCUCCUCUGAUUACCCAUACUGCUGCCACCCCCAUGCCCGUUCCCAAGCUGCCCGCCGUGGGUGACCCUGCCCUGGGCUACGAGUCCCGACGCGGCAGCAAUGUCUCCAUGGACCUAGCCUCUUACGACAAGUCUCCGACCAGUGCCCGUAGCACCUCACCUUACACCCCGUGGUGCUCUGCCAGUGGCUGGACCAGCCGUCGAUCGAGCUGGAACAGCUUAGGCCGUGCCCCCUCAAUCAAACGAACAAGGCUUCAGUCUGGCGAACGGCGGUCGCUCCUCUCCGGCCAGGGAGGGUCCAGUUCGGAGGAUGAGGAGGGGGGAGGAGGGGGGACAUCGGAGGGGGACGAUGCAUCCCUGUGUCGUACUAACUCCAUGUCCCAGUCCCAGCCCAGACACAGGAGGAUGGAGUCGGUGGAGACCAGGGAGUCCAUAGACCUGGCCCCUGACACACUGCUACAGGUGCCCUACCUGUAUCGCUCAGCCAGUAUGCACAGCUCCAGACCCCCCUCGCUAGGAGGCCUGAGAGCCCCAGAACACAGUGACUGUAAUGGGAAGGGUACUUCGGCCCCUGGCGGGGCCCUGGCCCCUACACAGCUCUCCCUGGAGGACAACACGGAGGACGACGCAGCAGAGGAGGAGGUGGUCGUGGGUCAUUUUGCCAGGCUGUUAUGCUGGCUGGACAGGAAACAGCCAGAGUGGUGUCGACAGAGAGAUACCUGGUCCCUGUACAUAUUACCCCCAGACUCCAGGUUUCGGAUGGCGUGCAAUAAGAUAAUAACCCACAAGAUGUUUGACCACAUCGUUCUGGUCAUCAUCUUCCUCAACUGCAUCACCAUCGCCAUGGAGAGGCCGAGGAUAGACCCAUACAGCGUGGAGCGUAUCUUCCUCACGUUAUCCAACUACAUCUUCACAGCGAUCUUCGUGGCUGAGAUGACAGUCAAGGUGGCUGCACUGGGCUGGUUACUUGGUGAUAAGGCCUACCUGAGGAGCAGCUGGAACAUUCUAGAUGGGAUUUUAGUGAUGAUCUCAGCCAUAGAUAUCCUGGUCUCGUUGGUAUCGAACAGCAGCCCCAAGAUACUGGGCAUGCUCAGAGUGCUGCGCUUGCUACGGACGCUCAGGCCACUACGUGUGAUCAGCAGGGCGCCAGGUCUGAAGCUGGUAGUGGAGACUCUGAUGUCAUCUCUGAAGCCUAUAGGGAACAUCGUGGUCAUCUGCUGCGCUUUCUUCAUAAUCUUUGGUAUCCUGGGAGUACAGCUCUUCAAGGGGAAGUUCUUUGCAUGUCAAGGAGAUGACGUGAGAAACAUCACCAACAAGUCAGAUUGUAUAAUGGCCAACUACAAAUGGGUUAGACAGCAGUACAACUUUGAUAACCUGGCACAGGCUCUGAUGUCUCUCUUCGUGCUGGCUUCUAAGGAUGGUUGGGUGGAUAUCAUGUAUGAUGGAUUAGAUGCAGUGGGAGUCAACCAACAGCCACAGCUGAACUACAACCCAUGGAUGCUCCUCUACUUCAUCUCCUUCCUGCUCAUCGUCAGCUUCUUCGUGCUCAACAUGUUCGUGGGUGUGGUGGUGGAGAACUUCCACAAGUGUCGGCGCAGCCAGGAGGCCGAGGAGGCUAAGCGCAGGGAGGAGAAGAGACUGAAACGGAUGGAGAAAAAGAGACGGAGUAAGGAGAAGGAGCUGGCUGCUCAGAGUAAGCCUUACUACUCGGAUUACUCCCCCACUCGUCUCCUCAUCCACAAGAUGUGCACCUCCCAGUAUCUGGACCUCUUCAUUACCAUUGUCAUCGCACUCAAUGUCAUCACCAUGGCGAUGGAACACUACCAGCAGCCGAAGGAGUUGGACGAGGCGCUGAAGAUCUGUAACUACAUCUUCACCAUCGUCUUCGUCCUGGAGUCUGUCUUCAAGCUGGUGGCCUUUGGCUUCCGACGUUUCUUCAAGGACAGGUGGAACCAGCUGGACCUGGCCAUAGUGUUGUUGUCCAUCAUGGGCAUCACUCUGGAGGAGAUUGAGGUCAAUGCAUCCCUGCCCAUCAACCCUACUAUCAUCAGAAUCAUGAGAGUGCUAAGGAUAGCACGAGUGCUGAAGCUACUGAAGAUGGCAGUGGGGAUGAGAGCGUUGCUGGACACUGUCAUGCAGGCUCUGCCUCAGGUGGGGAAUCUGGGUCUUCUCUUCAUGCUGCUCUUCUUUAUCUUCGCAGCACUGGGAGUGGAACUGUUUGGUGAUCUCAUUUGUGAUGAGCUGCACCCGUGUGAGGGCUUGGGACGCUACGCUACGUUUAAGAACUUUGGCAUGGCCUUCCUGCUGCUGUUCAGAGUUUCCACAGGAGACAACUGGAACGGCAUUAUGAAGGACACCCUGCGAGACUGUCAACAGGAGAAUGCAGGCACCUGUUACAACACGGUGGUCUCUCCUAUCUACUUUGUCUCCUUUGUGCUGACUGCCCAGUUUGUCCUGGUCAACGUGGUCAUAGCCGUCCUCAUGAAGCACCUGGAGGAGAGCAACAAAGAGGCCAAGGAGGAGGCAGAGCUGGAGGCUGAACUAGAGCUGGAGCUCCAGCAUGGAGGAAGGGGAGGGGGAGGCAGUGGUAGAUCACCCCAGCUAAGCCCUCUGGCCCUGGGCAUGGAGGAGGGAUCUGGGGGCUCCCCCUGGAGGUCUCCAGAGAGGGAGAUCCAGAGGAGGGGAAAUGUGAUGGAUUCUCCCCCAGCAGAUAUCACUAGAAGAGACUCCAUACACAUCAGCACUGAUCCUCCGCUAAGCCUGGAGCCACCACUAGAGCGAAGAGCGAUGUUUGACUCGGUCUCCUCGGUGAUCCAGGGUUCGAUGGAGGGAGAGUUGAGUCUGAUGGACAACCUGUCAGGGUCAAUAUGUCACUACUACGCCCUGCCCCCACUACCCAGCAAGCACUGCAGUGACAAGAAGAUCCCUCUAGCGGAGAUGGAAGCUCUCUCUCUGACCUCCGACAAAUCCUGGUCCCUAGCUCUCACCGACGACUCCACCCCUGAUGAUAUUAACCCUCUCUUACUAACCAGUCUGGAGUCCAACGUGGAGUUACUUGAUCCUGAGGAGCCGUUGGAGGACAACCUGUUGAGUGUACGGAAGUCAGCGGUGGGCCGCACCCACUCCCUACCCAACGACAGCUACAUGUUCCUGCCUCUGGAGCCCUUCGGACCCCCAGGAGCCAGCCUGGCUCCUGGUUUAGCUCCAGUACUGACACAAGCUACAGGGCCACAGCACAUAGAGGCACUUAACAGGGCCCUGUCAGGCUCCAGUGCCUCGGUGCGGUCCCAACCAGAGGAGAGCUCCCAGCAGUUGGCUGUUCCUACAGACUUCUUCAGACCCAUCAGUCCUCACAGCCUCUCAGACUCAGAGAAUAUACCCCGACUACCCCCGCCACGGCACACACACACACUCAGCCGCACGCUCCGCAGACAGGUGGCAGUAUCUAAUGAUUCCCAGGAGGCUCUGUGGUCUGACGGAGUGGAAGGUGAGGAGGGGGUCCUAAAUGUAGCUUCCCUAGCCCUCCCCCUUUCCUCCUCUUCCUCAUCCUCCCAUCUUCACCAGCAGCCUUCUCUCCGGCUGGUCCCUGCCACCCCAGGGGCAUCCCCUCAACGGUCGCGCCCCAGUAGUGUUCACACCCAACACCCCUUCUCAAACCACGACCAGCACCACCUCUCCUCCUCACCCAACUCCCCCUCCUCCCUCUCCUCACCCCCUCCUCCCCUCCCCUCCGCUCACCCCUGGAGACAGGAAGAGGCCUCGGCAGACCACGAAGUGUCGCUCAUCAACCGGGCGGGGCUGGUGUCGAGUGAGGAUGUCACCGGUGUCGGACUGAGGUCAGAGGUUGGAGGUCUCGAGGGCAGUUACCAAGGUUAUGAGGUCGGUCGUGGUGAGGGGAGCCGGCCGUGCCUGAGGCAGCUGAAGAGGUUCCACAGCGCUGACGCCCAGGGGCGGAGCAUUCUAGCGUCCCGGCCACGCCCCCUGUCCUGGUUGGACGAUCCUCGGCGCCACUCAGUGGAGGUGUGUUCGUCUGUAGAGUCCAGCCCCCAGCGCAGCACUACGUCCACGUCCUCGGGGUUCGUCUCCCGAGCAGACAGCCUCCAGAUCCAUUCCCAGACCACAACAAAGACCCUGCCCUCUCCCCGACGCAAGAAGAAAAUGAGCCCCCCGUGUAUCUCCGUAGACCCCCCUGAUGGACUGGAGUCCCAGCCCGGCCUCCACCCUACCCUGGGAGGUUUGGGGGGCCUAGGGAUGCCCCCUCCCUUACCCAGCCGGGAUACCUCCUGUCUGAGGAGACGGGCUCCCUCCAGUGACUCCAAGGACUCCUUUGACCUCGGGGCAGGGGAGGGGCUGGGCCAGGAGGGAGGGGGGCCCAACCCCAAGCUGUUGACUCUGCCCAGCUUCUCCUUCGAGAAGACAAGCUCUGAGCACUGAACACUCUCACACACACUUAUGUACACACACACACACACACACACACACACACACACACACACACACACACACACACACACACACACACACACACACACACACACACAGACGAACCAUUAAGCACAUAGGCACACAAACACACACAUGCAAACACACGAUACACUUGGUGUAUCCGUGAUGGUGAUAGUCGUAGUAAUAAUACCGUAGAGAGUAAUUAUGGUAAAACUACAACAAAACGGUCAAAUCAUCCUUGGUUUUAUUGAGGAUCAGUGCAGUACUGUCGUAGUGUGACCAUCCCUUUUCUUUGUAUUGUUGUACUGCCAAAACCACAAGAACGCGAAAAGAACACAGCAUAAGCAGAGAUGAAACAAGAAUACAAACAUGACUGUUUCUCUUCUACCACACCUGCACGCCGCCAUUGGCUGCAGGUCGACCCCAUGACCUCUGGAGUGAAGUCAGCACCAAUAACUUUGGAUAGCGCCUGCCUGUGGCCACUAUUGGGAUGCUCAGUGUUAGACAGUGGGACUUCACCCUCACACGGGCAACAGUGGAGGUACAAAGCAAUAUGAACGAUUUAGAGACACUAUUUUCUUAAAUUAUUGGGCCAUAGUGUUUGUACAGGAUGUAGAUUUUUUUUAUUAUUUCAUUAUAUAUUUUUUGGGGGUGAUCAUUUUUGUGAUGGGUUUCAAUUUUUCUCUGUUUGUUUCAAUGUUCGAAAAAAUGUUUAGCUAGUCGGUUUUGUUUAAUUUUAGGGAUAUUUUCUAGCUUUCUUGAUUUGCUGAGGAAAGUGAUUUUUUUUCAAAGUGCUGAGAAUCAUGUAUUUGUAGGAUUAAUAUAUAUAUAUAUAUAUAUAUAUAAAAACAACUCAUUAAACUGAGCUUGGAUUUUUAAGCACAAGAAGGGGACUUUGGUGGUUUGAAGGUAGGCAACAGAAUGGGAUAAGUCAAUGUGUUGUUAUUUACUUCAUAACAAACAUGACAAACAUUAGGACUUUAGAGCAGUGUUUGAAGAUUUUUAUUGACAGGUUAAAAUCUAACGAGAUGCAUUAUCAUAUUUUCAAGGCUGUCCUGAUUUCACAAAAACACACAUACAGUAAUAUUCAAUCCAACAAACUCUGAUUUCUUCAACACAAUCCUGGGAAUUCGUUAUUACGUCUUGAAAGAACUUGAUGUAGUAUGUCUGAAUCUACAGUGCCUUCAGAAAGUAUUCAUACCCCUUGGCCUAUUCCACAUUUUGUUGUGUUAUAGUCUGAAUUAAAAACGGAUUUAAAAAAUG